AUGCUAGAUGAAUUUGUCCCAGCCAUACCAGAGCCUAAACUAGCCGGACCUGCAGUCACCAGCAAACCACCAAUACCAACCGCGGACCCAGCAAGCUUAGGAGCAGAGGGGGUAUCUGAUGAUGAAUUCGCAAAACAAUUACAAGAAGGCAUGGCGGAUCUUCUAGGGGGGCUCGGAGGAACAUCAGGAGACAUGCAGGCGCAAUUUGAAGCAUUGAUGAAGGAACUUGGCGGGGCAGAAGGAGUGACAGGCGAAAGCGCAAAAGACGCAUCUCAACCAGCAUCCAAGGAAAAGGCAAAGGCAGGUUUGGCAGCAGCUGCUACAGAAGAAUCAUUCCAAGAAACGAUCAAGAAGAACAUGGAACGUUUGCGCGCCUCGGGGGAUCAAGCCACUGCUGCUGCAACUGAAGAAUCCGGGGAUGAUAUGUUGGCGGAAAUGAUGAAGGCGAUGCAAGCUUCGGGUUUGGAUGGAGAAGGGAGCGAGGAAGAUUUGUCGAAAAUGCUGCUAGGCAUGAUGGAGCAAUUGACCCACAAGGAAAUUCUUUACGAGCCAAUGAAGGAGUUGGAUGAUAAAUACCCUUCAUGGUUGGAAAGCAAUGCUUCAAAAGCUGACAAGGACGAUUUGAAGAGGUAUAAGGAGCAACAGGUUUAUGUCAGAGAAAUUGUAGGUCGUUUUGAGAAGAAAGGCUACAGUGAUGACAAUGUAGCCGACAGAGAAUAUAUCGUGGAUAGGAUGCAGAAGGUAUUUCAUUCUUGUACUUCCGCAAAUUCAAUUACUAUACUAAUAAUUUCUUGCAGAUGCAAGCCGCUGGCUCUCCGCCUCCGGAUCUCGUGGGAGAUAUGGCAGCCGCCCAAGAGGCCUUUGGGGCGCCUGAAGGUUGCCCAACACAAUAA